AUGGUUUACGCGGUGUUCAAACCCUUGUACAUGAACGUUCGGUCGAUUCUACCGAGUCGUACACGCUGGUUUGCUUGCCACAAAGAUCGAGCUAAAAGGCUGAGUUCGUGUUGCUGCGGAUGCUUCAGCGGGUACGCCUUCAAUAUACCCUUGCAUCUCCAACUUUUCCAGUACCCCAGCAGUGCAGGUGGAAGAAACGCCUUAUUGACAGGGUUAUUGGUUCGAUCCAAGGGUAUUCCGAAAUCUCUUCAAGGAUAUCAAGCCGUCAUGCUACCAGGGUCAUCAGUUUGGGUCGUGUGCUAG